GCCCCGCAGCGCCUCCUGUCCCGCUCAGAGGCGGGGGGGGCGGGACGGGGACACACGCCGCCCUGCCACGGCGGAGCGGAGAGCGCUGCGCCCAGCGCCCCUACACCGGGGUCUCGUGUCCCCCUUCCGCCCGGCGCCGCGGAGCGCCCGCCCCGCUGGCGGGGGAGCGGAGCCCCUGAAGGGGACAAAGUUUGUAAAGACAUAAGUGGACAAGGGACUGAAGAAAACAAGAAAAAUGCCGAAGCCAAUCAAUGUCAGAGUAACCACAAUGGAUGCAGAAUUGGAAUUUGCCAUCCAGCCCAAUACAACAGGCAAGCAACUCUUUGAUCAGGUGGUGAAAACUGUUGGUCUUCGUGAAGUCUGGUUUUUUGGACUACAGUAUGUGGACAGCAAGGGUUACUCAACUUGGCUGAAGCUAAAUAAAAAGGUAACACAGCAAGAUGUAAGGAAAGAAAAUCCUAUGCAGUUUAAGUUCAGGGCCAAGUUUUUUCCAGAGGAUGUAUCUGAAGAAUUAAUUCAGGAAAUAACUCAGAGACUUUUCUUCUUGCAAGUCAAAGAAGCAAUCUUAAAUGAUGAAAUAUAUUGCCCACCAGAAACUGCAGUUCUUCUGGCUUCUUAUGCUGUCCAGUCCAAGUAUGGAGAUUACAGUAAGGAGAUACAUAAACUGGGCUACCUAGCCAAUGACAGACUUCUCCCUCAGCGUGUGUUAGAACAGCACAAACUGACAAAAGAACAGUGGGAAGAAAGAAUACAGAACUGGCAUGAAGAGCACAGAGGAAUGUUAAGGGAAGAUUCUAUGAUGGAAUACCUUAAGAUAGCACAAGACUUGGAAAUGUAUGGAGUCAACUAUUUUGAAAUAAAGAAUAAAAAAGGAACUGAAUUGUGGCUAGGAGUUGAUGCUUUGGGUCUGAAUAUUUAUGAGCAUGAUGACAAGCUGACACCCAAGAUUGGUUUUCCCUGGAGUGAAAUAAGAAACAUCUCUUUUAAUGACAAAAAAUUUGUCAUAAAGCCAAUUGACAAAAAGGCCCCUGAUUUUGUUUUUUAUGCUCCCCGCCUGAGAAUUAACAAGCGAAUUUUGGCACUGUGUAUGGGAAAUCAUGAAUUGUACAUGAGGAGGAGGAAACCUGAUACAAUUGAAGUGCAACAGAUGAAGGCCCAAGCUAGAGAGGAGAAACAUCAGAAACAAUUGGAAAGGGCACAAUUAGAAAAUGAGAAGAAGAAAAGGGAGAUAGCAGAAAAGGAAAAGGAAAGAAUAGAGCGUGAAAAGGAAGAAUUAAUGGAACGCUUAAGACAAAUUGAGGAACAAACAAUGAAAGCUCAGAAAGAGCUAGAGGAACAAACUAGAAGAGCUCUAGAACUGGAUCAAGAACGAAAGCGUGCAAAAGAAGAAGCAGAGCGCCUGGAAAAAGAGCGUCGAGCAGCUGAAGAAGCUAAAGCUGCUCUAGCUAAGCAGGCAGCUGAUCAAAUGAAGAAUCAGGAGCAGCUAGCAGCAGAACUUGCUGAAUUCACUGCCAAGAUAGCACUUCUAGAGGAGGCCAAGAAAAAGAAAGAAGAGGAAGCCUCAGAGUGGCAGCACAAAGCUUUUGCAGCCCAAGAGGACUUGGAAAAGACCAAAGAAGAACUGAAAUCUGUGAUGUCUGCUGCUCCUCCUCCUCCUCCUCCUCCCCCCCCAGUUAUUCCUCCAACAGAGAAUGAACAUGAUGAACAUGAUGAGAACAAUGCUGAAGCCAGUGCAGAGCUGUCUUCUGAUGGUGUCAUGAAUCACAGGAGUGAGGAAGAACGGGUAACAGAAACACAGAAAAAUGAACGUGUUAAGAAACAGCUCCAGGCUUUAAGUUCUGAGUUGGCUCAAGCCAGAGAUGAAACCAAGAAAACACAAAAUGAUGUCCUUCAUGCUGAGAAUGUUAAAGCAGGCCGUGAUAAGUACAAGACUCUUCGACAAAUCCGACAAGGCAAUACAAAGCAGCGUAUUGAUGAGUUUGAAGCAAUGUGAGAGCUGUUAUUUUGCAUAUAUGUUCCCCGUAAAGCUGAACCACCAACAGAGAAAAAAGCAGGCCUUUGCAGAUUUGAUGGAUUGCACCCCGCUUUGCCAAAGCACUUAAUACCAGUUUGACUACAGUGGCUAGAAGACAAAUUUAGGGGAAGCUAUUCAACAGUAAGGCAGUCUGUCAUCCCUAGCUUUUUGCAGAGGGGGGGAGGGUGUGGAGAACGAUAGCAGUUUUUUCCCCAUCAUGUUUUCCGUUUCAUUGUUUCAUAUUUUUUUCUUGGGAAACUGAUGUGAAGUGUAUAAUGACUGACAAUUGUAUGUAUUGCUUAAACAUUAAGAUAUAGAAGAAUGGAACUGAACUUAAACUGGAUAGGUACUAUUUCAGUAUGAAGAUUGAAAUUACAUUUUUCAAAGUAGCUACACUAUUAAGAGUUUGAUGUUGCUGACUUUCAGUUUCUUUUUUUUUCCUCCCAAGUGAAAUUCUUUGGUGUUUCAGGUCCUGUCAUCAUUGAUGGUUUUCUUUGCCUGCCUGUUCACAAAGGUCUGGAGGGCAGGUGGUAGUUCCAGGUAAUAUUUUUAAAUGGAACACCACCUGUGGGCAGCACGUGGCUGCUGAUAGGCUUGAAUAGUAUUGCUUUUCAUAGAUGAUUCUUCUAGGUUUGCAAAACGUUCUAAUGCAGCAAAGUUAAAAAAAAAAACACAAAGCUUCAUGUGCUAUUUGCUUGUAAUUGUUUCAUUUGCAGUAGGGAGACCUGGACCUUUCUGGCAAGGGAGCAUAUGAAAACAUCAGUCCCAGGGAGGGGACAGUAUCCUACCUCACUACUAUAUACAUGAUGACUGGUCCUUCAAACGCCAUGAAAAAAACCCUGUUUAAAUUAACUGUCACUGCAUAGUGAUAUCAUAGAAUGCUAGGAGCCUUUACUCCUAGGACUUUGUUUUACUUCAAGGUGGAUUUAUAGUGCUAAGUACUGUCUAACUGCCUUUUGUUGAGUUUAAAUUGUAAAAGCAUCUUGUGUGUUUUAAAGCUGUAACCUGUCACUGGUAUACUAUCUCCUGGGAGGGGUGUAGAAUGUGCAUGUGAGUUUGUUUUUGAGUUUCCAAAUACAAAACUAAAGUUCCCAGAAUUGGAGUAAAAAUGUUUGUAGCUUCAGUUUUCAACGAAGCUAAUAUUGUAAUUGUCAUAUCUGAUGUCAGAUCAUUGUUAUUAAGUCCUUUCCCUCUUGCAAAGGAGAUCUGCUUUAUUGAGAAAUUUGCUUAAAAAUUGAACUUAAGAAAUAACUUUACAGUUAAUGUGGACUGCUGUUUUAGUACCCUAGUAAAUAUCUACAGUGGAAGAACCCUGCUUUCUCUGAGGAUGGUUCAGCUCUUUUCUGUUUGAUAUUAUGCACUCAUAAAUUUACACUUAUCUAUUAAAAUUUGCCAUUUUAUUAAACAUUUUUUCAUGCACAAUAGGUUUAAAUUUCUUAUGAACAGUCCAACUAAGUUUUUUUUUUUUAAUUAUUUUGCGGAGUUAAAGGUUGGUUCUGUGGGGUGACAUCAUGAAAAUAAAAUAAAGAUACAUUAAUAUAUUUUUGGUUGUGGGGCUAAACAUAUCUGGUUGCCUGUGAAGGCUGAUGUGCAGAUGGUGUGCACAUGCUUCAAAAUGCUGCUUGGUGGAAGUUGGUGUUUCUACUUGCAGUGUAUUAUAAGAACAGUUUUUGUUUCAUGGGCUUCGUAUACUGAAGCUUAAGCAAGUUUGUGAAGUACUUGAACAGUUUGCCAUAGCAGCUGAAAUACCGUGCUUCCAGUGAGUUUUCAUUUUUUUCCCUGGAAAGUGUGCACUAACGCUGAUACAUCAGUUUCAGUGUUGGGAAAAAAUACCAGUGAAGUUUGCUGUUCAUAAAUCUACGAUAUAUAGAGUAGGGCUAAAUGGAUUAGAUCCAUUUAUAAAGCUGUGUGAUUAUUAUUUUUUUUUUCUAAACAACCAAGAACAACCAUUUGUUAUAUGGAUUUUCACAACAAACAAAGUGGUAAUAGCUGCUGUCAUCAGCAGUUGGGAACACUUACUGGUGUGGAAAUACUAAGAAUACAUCUAAUGAUUACUUGGUGAGGUAAUUUUCCACAUGCUUUUCCUUUAGCAUCAUGUUUUGUGUUGUACAAUUAAGCUACAAUUACAUCUACUAUUUUGGAUAACAUUCAUUGGUUAACAAUAAAAAGAUACAGUUAAUUUCUCUGA